AUGUGGCCUCAAGGCCGGUGCGACUAUGAGAGACCCCCAAGGGGACGCGUGCCUCGGCGCAGCCACCCUGCUGAUGGCUGCCACGGAGUGGUUAAUGCUGUGCCAAAGAAGCCCCCACUGCUGGACAGACCGGGUGGAGGAAGCUACAGCAGGCACUACAGUCAUGCUGAUUACCGGGAGUGCCACGAGGACCGCCGUUUCUCUGAUGGAAGAAGUGGUCCGCCUCACAGAGGAGGUGACUCUCCCUGUCGGUGGCCUGGAUGGGGGCUUUCUGCCAGCCGACAGCCUCAGCACGGGGAGAGGGACAUGAGAGAUGGCUUCAGAAGAACAAGUGUCCACUCUUCCAGCGACGGGAGAGACCGGUGUCCGCGUGAAAGAGGCGCUCCUUUGCUCCCCGGCUGUUCCAUGGGCCGCAAGGACUGUCCUUGCAGCGGGUCCUGCUCCAGCGUCGGCAGCAGGAGCUACUCUGCGGAAAGAAGCAAAACUUACUCACUGCACCAGCAUCAAAGUCAAGAGAGACCUGUCCAGUCUUUGCAAACAUCUCGGGAUACUUCGCCUGCAGCGGUUCCUUCAUCAAAGGCGGAAGCCACCACACCUUUGCUCAUCGAGCAGCCCGAGGCACCUGAAUCCAGUGCGCCCCAAGGCGUGGAAUUCUUUGAAGACAGCCAGCUCAGCACUCGUUCUAAAGCUAUAGCAACGAAAACCAGAGAGAUUGAGGAGGUUUACCGGCAAGACUGUGAAACGUUCGGGCUGGUUGUGAAGAUGCUGGUGGAGAAGGACCCUUCCUUGGCCAAGUCCAUCCAGCCUGCCCUGAGGCAGAACUUACAGGAACUGGCCGAGCACUGCGUGGGGGAGCUCCAACGCUUCAUCGCCCAGUAUGACACUGCCAGUCCUGGGCUCGGAGAGCCACCUCAGGAGGUUCCUCGCUCAGCAGAGAAGUGUUUCUAGAGGCCCUGAACCCUGGGCUGUGUAAAUCCCUCAGAGAUGGACGUUUUGCAGUGAAGAGACGUCCUUUGUGGUAGGUGACCACCUUUCCAUGUCAAAUAAUGCUCCUUCAGCAGCUCUGUCGUGGAGAACCGUCUCCCCCUGCGACAGUGGCCGUGGGACAGCUGAUGGCUCCCGCUCUGAGAGUCAGCCCCAGAGAGCCGCGCGCUGGCC